AAAAAAGCAUCAUCAAUCAAUCAUCAUCAUCGCCUGAAACCUAAAACCUAAAUCGGAUAAUAAUGGAGUAUCAACGCGAAUACUUUGCGAUGGAGGCCUCAAAUCAACGUGCGAGGAAUCAUGCGGCGGAGUCCUCUAGGAUGCGGUGGUGCUUACGAUCUCAAGGCUUCUACGCACGGAUAUAUGGUACAAGUCUGUAAUCAACGGUUUCCUUGUCCUGCCUUGGUCUUCUUCUAUGCUAAGAUGGGCCUCCAUCGUUACAAUUUCGUCCAGCAGGGUACAAAGUUUGAGCUGAGUCGCGUAAAGCAAUACGUUAUGUCCACUGGUUCUGCUGCUUCUUCUUACUACAUUACUUUGGAUGCAAUUGAUCCUGCUGGUGCCCUUGUCACUUUCCAGACUAAAGUAUCAGAACAUAGUUUUGGCAAAUUUAUUCUCGAUUGCCAUAUUGCAAAAGUUCGAGGGGAAACAAGAGAUGGCAAAGGGUUUUUGAUGAUAGAUCAUAGCUUCCCUAAGUGCCCGCUAGAGAAUCCUUUUGAAACAUAUUACCUGGUGAAGGAAUCUGAGCUGCAAGAGAAUGCUUGGGUUCUUCUAUAUUUGCAACUUGCUGUUGCCACUACUCAUAGGUACAGGGAAGCUAAGGAUUUUGGUCUUCCCAACUUGGAGAUUCUAGACGUGGCCAUUGAUGAUGAACAAGGACUCUAUGCCAAAAAUGCUGUUUUCUACAUUAGGUACAAGGACUACUUGUACAAGUCUAACCUUGCUCACGAUCUUGAUCGCAUUGCUAUUGUUAGAAGAUGCUUUGAUAAGGCUACGGGAUGCUUCAGUCUCGUCGGUCAGAAUCUGAGUUCACAUGUUCUUAUACCAAAUACGCCUAAGAUUACUUAUGAGGAUACUACGGGAUGCUCCACUUUCAACGGUCACAUUCUGAGUCCAGAACCUUCUACUCUAGUAGUUACCUCUGAGGAUCAUGAAGCGGCUAAUCACCUGGCUAUUCUCUCGAUAGAUGAAGCUGCUGCUGGAGACUCAAUGGAGCUUGACUCGUCUCUCUGCACAACAUAAUUAACUAAGUUAUUUGGAUUGUUAAGUAGAUUGGUGAUUCAGAGGUUGAAGAAGCUAGAAAGGACAACUUUGUACCCAUUGAUUAGUUUGGUGCAUUUGUAAAUCACAAGGAGCCUGAUGGUAAGAGCUGUCUCCUAUAUAGUCCCUUUAUUGUGUAGGUAAAACGUUUUCCAGUUGGAGACACAAUUGAUUUUGUCGAUAACUAGAUAUUAACCCGCGGUACACCGCGGGUCUAUAAUUUUAUUAAAUAAUAAUAAAUUUUUUUUUUUAAGAUGAUCUAUAGAUAUAUGCUAUUGUUUUAUUUGAUUUAAAUGUAUGGUACACUGUAUGACGAUAUUUAUAACAAAAGAUUUAAAAUUUGAAGU